AUGUCUUUUACACAGUCUUCGCAAGGCACUCAUGCCACAAGGGAGGCCACUCCGGAGGAACAGAAGUUCAUCACAGACAUCCUCAGGCUGUACCAGUGUGACCCCAACGAGCAGAGCUAUACCCACUACGCAGAGAGUGCUGUCUUCCACGACCCUGUCAGCAUCGCCAAGGGCAAGGAAAGCAUCAUGUCACAAUUUAACGGCAUGCCACGCAUCUUUGCGCGUAGCGACACCANNAAGGUCGCAAUCCUCGCAUCGUCAACGCCCUCUGAGCUGCAGCUGAACCUGACACAACACUAUGUGUUCAAGUCGCCGAUUCCGUUCAAGAAGGAAGGUACCGAGAAGACCGUCAACAGCAAGUUGACUUUCAAGCUCAACAGCCAAGGAUUAAUUGAGGAGCACAUUGAAGAGUGGGACCACGAGACCAACAAGACGGCCGACGAUGGAUUUAUGGGCAAGCUUCAAGAGCAGCGCAAGAAGAUUGAUGCCAAGGUGGUUGAGGCAACUGUCUCGAGCACUCCCCGAAGGCAUCGUAAAGGACGAGAUAUCUCCAUAGACAAGCCUACGAACAUGAGGCUUAUGAAGUUAUGA